CCUGUAGAUCAUUACAAAGUAUGUUUAUGAACGCUUGGAGAACGACUGCAACCUGAAGAAGGAGAUCCUCCCUGUUGAUGCAACUGAGGAUGAACCAAAAAGCUUUAUUUACAUGAGCGAGGAUGCCCUCACUAACCCAGAGAAGAUCAUGGUUCUCAUCCAGGGCAGUGGAGUGGUAAGGGCAGGCCAGUGGGCUCGGCGCCUCAUCAUUAAUGAAGACCUCAACAGUGGGACGCAGAUACCCUUCAUUAACCGCGCCAAAGAGGAGGGCUACGGGGUGAUUGUGCUGAACCCCAACGAGAACUCUCUAGAGGUGGAGAAGGUUCCGGAUCCAGCCAACAAACCGUCCCCGGAUGCCUCUGAUGAGCCGGCUGAAAAGAGAGAGAGGAAGGAAGAGCGGGAGAACAAGAAAAAGAAGGACUUUUAUGAGAAGUAUCGCAACCCACAGAAGGAAAGAGAGAUGGAGCACAUCCCGAUACGAGAAAACAGCACUCCUGAGGAACACACGCUCUAUGUGUGGGACCAAUUCAUCUCUAAAUCACUUGCGAAAAAUGUCCUCAUCGUGGCACACAGCUAUGGCGGCUUGUCAUUUGUGAAUUUGAUGAUUCAGCGAGAAGCAGAAGUGAAGAAUCAUGUCCGUGCGGUGGCCAUGACUGACUCUGUCCAUAACGUCUGGCACCAGGAGGCCAACAAGUCCAUUCGGGACUGGCUCAGAGAGCACUGCUGUAACUGGGUGUCAAGUCCUGAGCCCCUGGAUACUCUGGUGGACCCCAUGCUUAAUGAUUGCCCUCGUGUUUCAGCAGGUACUGAGAAGCACGAGUUAACAUCAUGGAAGAGCUUCCACUCCAUCUUCAAGUUCUUCAGCGAUGCCCUUAAGGACCACGAGGAUGAGUCCUCCUCCAGUCCGGUCACCACACGCAGCUCACACCGCAUAAAAAACGAAGACUUAUAGAGGGCUCACAGAUCCCAAACCAGAGCCCACAUUCGUCCCCUCUUAGUUCUUUUUCUCCUCUGUUCUUUUUAUGAAAAAUAUUCCUCCUUGAAGCCCUCCUCCCAGUGAAUUGUACAACUCUGAGGAGUGCAGGGUCAGCCUGUAUACAUCAGAAUAGCGUUUUGCAUUACUUCUGGAUGAGUGCAACUGUCAAAGCAAUAUGGCUUCACUGCUUGUGCCUCCUGUGGGCCGCUGUGUGGAUUUGGUGGUGGCCCAUUGGUGGCCAGAUUAAGGCUGACAGGCAGCGCCGCACACCGCCUCUUGAUGCACCUCUAAUUAUCCUGAACUGAGCUAAUGCCUGGGAAGCACCUGCACACACACACACAAGUCUGGCGGGUCCUAGUCCCUGCCUGCCUGCCUGCAAAGUCUUUGUAUCUCUCUUUGGUUUCCCCCCCGUUGUUUCAUUGUUUCUUUCCAGGGUUUCACUUGCAUUUAAAGAAAUUUUGCACUUGGGAACUUUGUGUGUCAGAUGCUAAAGGCUCAUUCAUACACAUAACACUUUAACUGGAAAAAAGCAACUUGCAGAAUCAAACAUCCAUUCAAUGGCUAUCUCAAGACUAGAUUUAGAAUGAACACAAUGAAGUAAGCCAUUGACAGCAUGACAGAUUGAAUGAAUCCUCCCCUGUUUUUAAAUCCCUUAAAACCUUGUGCGAGCAUGAAUUUUAGGAAUAUCUCCCUUUGACAGAGCAGAUAUGCGAGUCUUGGAAUAUCUUUGUAUGUGUCAGGAUCAGGACGGUUUAAUGUUAUCCAAAGUAUAAAAGCCAUUCCUUAAGGUGUUUGCAAAUGUAACCUGCCCUUUUUGCAAAGUCCAUGACUAUUUGGACUGUUUUAACACAUCAUUGUCAUCCUCUGCUAAAGCUAAAGCAUGUUAUGUUACUGUCUCAGCAAAGAUGAGAGACAUUGUCUCCUGGACAAUUUGGUAUUAAUGGAGGCUUAAAGAUAUGUCAUUCAGGCAUGUCAACAGAUCACUCUGCUUUCGCUUAAAAAUUAAUCUCACAGUAAAAGGCUCUUUUUUUCGGUCUCAUCACUUUUUAGAAGUAUCAUUGCUAUUUCAGAUU